CCUAGAAAGUGAGGUGCCAGUAGUAUGACUCAAGGGCAAGCUGAACACGUUCUCUUUUCAAAUACGAAGGACUGAUCAACGUGUGAUUAAAAACCGUUUGAGCGAUCUUUUGAGCAAAGCUGCGAAAGAAAGGUGAGAUCGCUGCUCUAUUCUUCCUAGAGACAGCGGUUUGCAAUUCUUAUCCGAUCGCGUGAUCGUCAAGCAUGGACCAAUGACCAUGGCAACGAUGGAUGCAUUCCGGCGAAUUCAACGGGCGUACGGAUUCUCCAGGAAAAGUGUGUUUAUCUUUACACAUGGUCGUAGCGCGGUUCCCGCUUUCAAAACGUUCUGCUCGUCGACGGUGCAAGCGGAACGCCAAGCGGCAAUCGACAGCAAGGACGAUCCGGGAAAACGAUUGGCGAUCGACGAAGGCACGAUCAGGAGGAUCGAGAGGCUGGCGCUGGUCGGUUUCGAGUACGAGCAGAGCAAACGUGUGCUCGAAGAGGCGGUAGCGUUUGCCGAGCGCCUACGGACGGCACGCGUCGACGAGACGGCGCGUCCGAUGCACAGCACUCUGGAAAACGAGCACAUCUGUUUGCGGGAGGACGUGCCGCGAGCCAUCGAUCGGCACGACGUACUGAGGAACGCCGCAGUGCUGGAGGCCGAGUACCUCGUAGCGCCCUUGGUGACGAGUAAGAAUUCAAAUCCCGAACGAUGAAUCUCGAAGCUAUACUGAGGAUCGCGAGU